AUUAUACUAAAUGAAAUGGUGUUAUAAUUUAAAUUACUUAAUAUAGUAAAUGAUAAGAUGUUAUAUAUAAUUAUUUGAUAAUGCUGUUAUAAGUUAUAACAAUAAUCGAAGCAGCCAAAUGGCACCCAAAAAAAAAAAAUGCUAAUGUCCCAAAUAGAUAAUGGUAUAUCAACUUUCUCCAAAAUUGGAUUGGGAGAACAAAAAUUAAGCAGAAAUAGUAAAAAAAAAAAAAAAAACAGGUAGGGAGUGAUAGGACAUGCCAUUGAAAGUUUAGAAUGUGAAAGCAAGUCAAGUUGGACAUUGUUGGAGAAUAAAGAGCAGAAAAAAUCCCAACCAUCAUUUUCUCCACCAAAAUCUGUCUUGUUUUAUGUAUAAAACCUCUAAAUUCGAAUAACCCCAAAAAUCAAGGAUCUCCUUUCUCUUUCUUACACCCCCCAACUCUCAUUUAUCCUCUCUGCCCUCCUUACCAUCUUCAUUCGCCCUUUCACUUUUCACAAGGCCCCUCUCUCAUUGGUCAACAAACAUGGCGAACGCGGCAUCUGGAAUGGCAGUGCACGAUGAUUGCAAGCUAAAGUUCUUGGAGCUAAAAGCAAAGAGGAAUUACAGAUUUAUUGUGUUCAAGAUUGAGGAAAAGAUUCAACAGGUGACGGUUGAGAAACUUGGGAAUCCUGAUGAAAGCUACGAUGAUUUUGCCGCCAGCAUGCCCGAAAAUGAGUGCCGCUAUGCCGUCUACGAUUUUGAUUUCACAACAGAUGAGAACUGCCAGAAAAGCAAAAUAUUCUUCGUUGCAUGGUCUCCUGAUACAUCGAAGGUGAGGAGUAAGAUGCUCUACGCCAGUUCCAAGGAUAGAUUCAAGAGAGAACUGGACGGCAUUCAAGUUGAGCUGCAGGCAACAGAUCCCAGCGAGAUGAGCCUUGACAUCGUGAAAUCGCGAGCACUCUGAGCUCCACACACACUCACUUUCACUCUUGGGGGGCCUUUUUUCCUACCUCUUCUAUGAUGUGGUAUGGACAUUAAUCCAAACACAAUGUAAUGCCAUAUGGUUACUAAAAGAUUUCAAAUCUCCUUCAUUGGGGCCUUUUCUUCUGCUUCUCUAUGAAUUGGUUCUAAUGUAUUUGUUUUCCUUUUGGCCUUUCAACUUGGUUCUACUCAUAAUCAAGUGAAACUUUAUGCCCUUUUUUGUAA